UCAGCCACAACCGAUAAUUUGGCUGAGCCACCUCUCAGGUGCCAGAUAUUUCUUCCUCUGGUCAGAAGAGACAAACUAAUUGAGGCACACCGGCAGGAAUUUGUCUUCAGUUAACAUCGGCGUGAUCACAGCUUCAAACUACUCUUUCACUCUUCUGCUGCCAACACAAGUUUAACAUGAAUGAAACGGAUAAUUAUCAACAGUUAACUCUUUCCGAGUACAACUUCGAAAGACACUUUGAUGAAAGGUUGGCUAUCGAAUGGAUGCAGGAGAACUGGAGUCAUGCUUUUGUAUUCUGUGGCCUAUAUGCGGCGCUGGUGUUUGGGGGACAGCACUUCAUGAGGGACAGACAGAAACUUGACCUCCGCAAACCUCUGAUCCUGUGGUCAAUGAGUUUGGCCAUUUUCAGCAUUGUUGGAGCUGUCCGAACUGGGAUAUACAUGCUUUACAUUCUUCACACCUAUGGCUUUAAGCAGUCAGUCUGUGACCAGAGCUUCUACAAUGGACCAAUCACCAGAUUUUGGGCCUAUGCCUUUGUUCUUAGCAAAGCUCCGGAACUGGGCGACACAGCCUUCAUAGUGCUCCGUAAACAGCGGCUCAUCUUCUUGCACUGGUACCACCACAUCACCGUGCUGCUCUACUCCUGGUACUCCUACAAAGACCAGGUGGCCGGCGGAGGCUGGUUCAUGACCAUGAAUUACACCGUGCACGCGCUGAUGUACAGCUACUAUGCGGCCCGUGCGGCUGGCUACCGCAUUCCCAAGCCCUUCGCCAUGGUCAUCACGUCCGCCCAGAUUGCCCAAAUGGCCAUGGGCCUGACUGUGGUCGGCUUGGUUUACCGUUGGAUGCAGGAUGAGGGCUGCCCGUCGUACCUGGACAACAUUGUGUGGGCCUCGCUCAUGUACCUUAGCUAUCUGGUGCUCUUUGCCUCAUUCUUCUACCAGACCUACCUCAAGGGCUUGAAAGGGAAGUCGGCUAAGGAUGCUAAGUCUACUAAGGAUGAGUAGACCUUUUAGGCAAUGCUUUUUGUCUGUGAGAAUGGAGUCUUCACUGUUGUGUUUCGGAGGUGUGUCAUGUUGUUUUUUUAACUCAAAGGUUUGGUCUGGCAUCAUAUCUCCCUCAAUGUGCAUAGAUCAUUCUGUAGCUUGCUAAUGAUUACGGAAGUGCCGAGAGAUUGUGGCCUAUGUGGCAAUCUUCUCUGAUGUCCUCUGCACUGUGUCUCCCAAAUGUACUAUAAAUAUUAAUACAAGGCCUUUAACUGGCUCAUAUAACUGUAUAUUUAGGGGAAACAUUUCAGAUAAAAUCUAAACUAAACAAGCGCAGAUAACAAUCAUGCAUUAUGUAACCUAUGAUUCUGGCAGGAUACAGGUACUUUUGUCCAAGUGUCCCAAACUAACCUGACUUAAAUUAAACUGUCCUUUUGAUUAACAGUUCCUAUGCUGAUGCUGAGUUGUGAGUUUUGAGCACCAUGUGUGUCUAGUUCUUCAGGCAUACCAAGGGUUGAAUAUGUUUGCUAGUUUUCUAUAUCUAUGCACAUUGAGACAGAGAGAUUGCAAGAAAUCUUCUGAUGUUUGUUGGCCAGACUUGUUCUGUGGUGAAACCUGUGAGGCUCCCUUUGAAGCAUGGAUGACUGGAUGAGAAUGACCCCCCCCCCCCCCCCCUUUUCCACCCCAAUCAUUCUCAACAUUUCUCAACUCUUACCAAGUGUGCUUGUUCUGUUCAGAGACAUGACCUACUUGUUACAAGUACAUAGGAAGUCUGACAGAAAUAGGUUUGCAAACUAAUUUUUUUUUUUUUUUGGUAUUUGUGUAAAGACGUUCAUAGCUGUGCUCUCUGAACGGUUCUCUCUCAAGCCUACCCUGUAUUAUUCUAAGACUUAUUUAUUUUAGUAUUUAUUACAAGAUUGUAUGAUGGCAUUAAUGGAUAAUGCGGGAUAUGUCUUGCCCACGAUGUUUCGCCUGUCAAGUGUUUUUUUUAUAUAUGUUUGUACUUAAAUAUGUGCUUGUAUGUUCGUUGCCUUUUCUACAUUAAGGGAUUGGCAUGUGUCCUAGGCAGGUUUUGACCAUGUGUGUAUACUGGUGAGGAUUCAUUGCUGACGUACACGUAUAUAGUAUCUAGCCAAAUAUUUUUUUCUCUUUGAGAAUAUAAUUUUAAAAAUAAAAAUCUCUACCUCAUUUAUGUCUUGCUAAGGAAUGUCAGUAGAAAGAACUUGGAAUGUCCCUGAUGGUUCAUAUUCUCUUGACUACUCCUGAGGAGGCAGUUUUAAUAUUUAAUUGUAAUAUUUCAUUGUUUCUCUUUUUCUACAUUGAGAACUGGUGUUGGAUUUGGCCUAGUUUUUUCCCUUCAGAUUUGUGUGCAUCAGUCAGGUUUUUUUUCUGUUUAAUCAUAUUUGUUUACAUCAUUUUGAUUAUUCAAGUGACUGAGGUGAUGGGUUUGUUUUAUUUAUACACUGUUAAGAUGUAUUUCACCUAUCACUUAUAGUUAAAUACUGACAGAAAAAAAAGAUUUGUGUGCCAACAGUUCCAGUGCUUUUAGUAUGUUACAAGGGUGUAUUGGUUCUUGGAGGUAAUCCUUGCCAAUUUUGGAUGACUUCAGCCAUUGUUUAAUUAUCAGUUUGUUUGAACAGGUGCAUUUUUAAAUUAAUGUCAUUAAUACUUAUUCAGUGUAAUAUAAUAAAGCUGCUAUUUUACCAUA